AUGGAACAAGUCACAAUUUCCACCUUGUUUUGUGUGGCAGGGGCGUUCCCAGGGGCUGCCAGUGACUCUGUGGCUCUGAAGGAAGGAGAAAAUCUAAACCUCAACUGCACCUUCAGCUCCCCCAGCAGCAACAACUUCACCCUGCAGUGGCUGAACCCUCGGAAUUUCACCAUUUUCCUCAACGCCCAGCAGGUCCUGAGGGACCAGAGGUACCAACUGCUCCGUUAUGCCCAGGGGGAAUUAUCCAUCCAGCUGUCCAACCUGAGCCAGCAGGAUGAAGGAACCUACAGGUGCCUGCACUACACCAGGCACGUCCAAACCAAGAGGCAGAAGGUUGAGAUUUUGGCUGCUCCUUCCCCCCCCGAGCUGGAGCUGUCCCAGGGUGGAGGAAGAGGGGUCCAGCUCUGCUGCCACAGCCAGGGGGGCAGACCCCAGCCCCAGAUCUCCUGGCUCCUGGACGGAGGGAUUGAGGUGCCAGGUGACACCAGGCACCAGCUGGGAGCUGAUGGGAAGUCAUGGAGCACCAGGAGCACCCUGAGGAUCCUCAGCUACAGCCCCGGAGUGACAGCCAGCUGCAUCAUCCAGCACCCUGCCCUCGGGCCACGGAGCCUGGUGGCAACUUUCCCCUUCCAGGACCUGCCCAGCUCAGGCUACAAACAAGCAAGCAGACCUUCAGAGGAUGCAGAAGUUCCCAGACCUUCAGAGAACCCAGCAGUUUCCAGUUCUUCAGAGAAUCCAGCAGAGAAUCCAGAAAUUUGCAACCCUUCUGCAUCCCCAAAAGAUCCAGAAGAUUCUGGCCCAUCUGCAACCCCAGGGAAUCCAGAACUCUCCAGCCCCUCUGCAUCUCCAAAAGAUCCAGGAAUUUCAAGCCCUUCUGCAUCUCCAAAAGAUCCAGAACUCUCCAGCCCCUCUGCAUCCCCAGAGAAUCCAGAAGUUUCCAGCCCCUCUGCAUGCCCAGGGAAUCCAGCAGCUCCCAGCUCAGCACCAGCCCUCACAGAUGUCACCUUGCACGGACAUUUAACAGCCCAAAGCUGUGUUACAGAGCAAAACCCCGAAUCCAAAGGGCUCCUGAGGAGGGAGAGGAAUCUCCUGCUGCCCGUGCUGGUGGCUGCUCUGGUGCUGGUGCUGCUCCUCAUCGUGCUGCUGUUCGUGGUGAAGCUGAGGAAAGCUCACGGGGUGUGGAAGAGAGAAAAUGAUGCUUCAGAGCAGACCCUGGAGAGUUAUAAAUCCAGAUCUAAUGAAGACAGUCCAGGCCAUGAGAAGAAUGGCCAAGCUGGAAAUCCCAAGUCCAACAUGCAAUAUGUAACAGAAGGACACAUGGAAGCCCCAGGGAAGAUUCUGGAAGCCCCAGAGAAGAUUCUGGAAGCCCCAGAGAAGAUUCUGGCAGCCCCAGAGGAGAGCCCAGGUGCCCAAAGCAGGGCAAUGACCGAGGAGAUGUUCCCGAGUGGAAGGGAGACAGACGUGUAACGGGGCAGGGACUGCAGCUCCUGGGCUUUGUGGGGAAUUGGGGAUUCAGGGAUCUGGGUUUGAGGGAGCAGCAGGGACAGGAGCGCCAGCCCAAGGGCACCUGGGGUGGUUUUGUCACCCAGCGGGGCAGGGAGCUGGGGCUGGAGCUGCUGGGAACCUGGCCAGGGUCACCUGGGACCUUCAGAGCACAUCAGGAAUCUCUGCCAUGAACAGCUCCUGGAGACCUGGCCAGGGUCACCUGGGACCUUCAGAGCACAUCAGGAA